AUGCCUUCUUCAACCUCCACAAAUGGAGUCUCUUCCACCCCCGACGCCCUCGAAUCCGACCUCCUCGUCAAGCUAUCCGCCAGUUGCGCGCUCGAGGACUUACAAGAGAAUCUCCUCGGAUCACUACAUCGCCUGGGAUGGACCGAAAAAGUAACCACCCUGGCAGCCGAACUCCUCCGCGCCGGCCGCUGUGAGACCUUUGACGAAGUACUGGCUGCAGUCCUCGCCUCCGCCGAGGGUCGACACCACCCCGCCCUGGGGCCAAAAUCCGCCAACGGCGAGUCAACUUCAAACGGAUCCAAAGAAACCAACGGUACAAAAAAGGGCAACAAGGAUACCCCGUAUGAUCCCAUCAAAUACAUUGAGGAGGUCAAUGUGCGCAUUCCAGAACCAGUGGUUGAAGAAGGAGUCCGUGGAUUAAAAGACAUAUUGCGAGAAGUGGCCGAUCUGGAGGGCGAAAGCACCCCCAACGGAGAGAAGAAAUAA